AUGACGUCAUCAGAGUUAUCCACGCUCCUUAUAUGGCGUGCGUGAUGACGUCACCGGCAAGCCACCUCCCUCCCUACCACCACCAACAGCAACAACUCCGUCCCCACGCGAGCUUCGCCAUCCGUCGGCCACCGCCGCCACGGUGAAGAUGGCAGCGGUCGGCCGCGUGAUGUCGGAGCGACGCUGAAGGGGCCGAGGGCGGGAGCCAUGCACCGGGACAGCCCCCCAGCGCGCUGUAUCAAGCCACCGAGCACCAUGGACAAGUACGAGAAGCUGGCGAAGAUUGGCGAGGGCUCCUACGGGGUCGUGUUCAAGUGCCGCGCGCGGGACACUGGCCACGUCGUCGCCAUCAAGAAGUUCGUCGAGUCCGAGGAGGACCCGCUCAUCAAGAAGAUCGCGCUGCGCGAGAUUCGCAUGCUCAAGCAACUAAAGCACCCGAACCUGGUGAAUCUCCUUGAAGUGUUCCGCAAGAAGAGAAGGCUCCACCUCGUGUUCGAGUACUGCGACCACACGGUCCUCAACGAGCUGGACAAACACCCCCACGGGGUUCCCGAACCCCAAGUGAAGAACAUCUUGUUCCAGACUCUGCAGGCGGUCGGCUUCUGUCACCAGCACAACUGCAUCCACCGUGACGUGAAGCCAGAGAACAUCCUGGUGACCAAGCAGGGAAUCAUCAAACUCUGCGACUUUGGCUUUGCCCGCAUGCUAACGGGACCGGGCGACGAGUACACGGACUACGUGGCGACGCGCUGGUACCGCGCCCCCGAGCUGCUGGUGGGCGACACGCACUACGGACCCGCCGUCGACGUGUGGGCGCUGGGCUGCGUCUUCGCCGAGCUCCUGGCCGGGGAGCCUCUGUGGCCGGGCCGAUCGGACGUCGAUCAGCUACACCUCAUCCGCACGACGCAGGGAGACCUCAUUCCACGACACCAGCAGAUCUUCAGCUCGAACCAGUUCUUCAGCGGGCUGAGCAUCCCCGAGCCUGAGACACGGGAGCCGCUGGAGUCGCGCUUCCCGUGCGCGUCGCCCGCGGCGCUCUCCUUCAUGCGCGGCUGCCUGGAGAUGGACCCGGCCAACCGGGCGGCCUGCGACGGCCUCCUCGGCCACCCCUACCUGGCAGAGCGGGACGGCGACCGGCGGCGCUCCGAGCGGCACGGCCGCCUGCCGCUCGUCGCGCACGGCGCCAGGAGGACGCACGGCGGCGGCGCCGCGCGUCACAACGGCGGCCACGCCUCCAACGGCAACAACAACAACAACGCCGGCGGCGGCAACAAGUACGACAACCACCGGCUGCCGGACAUCAACGCGCCGAACGCGGCGCACGCCGCACGCGCGUCGUCGUCGCCGCAGCCGCCCACGCCGCCCACGCCGCCGCUCUGCCUCACCCCGUUCAUGCGGGCGCCCAAGUCGUAGAGGAAGUGGCCCGCCGCCGCUACCCACCGGGGCCACCGCUCGUCCCUGGUCCGCUGAGGUUUCGCUCGCCCCCCCGUCCGACGGAAUGCCCCCGACUCGAACCGCCGCCUGCACCGGAGAUGAACGCCCCCCCCCACCCCGCUCGCUACCACUUGCAACCGCUCGCAAACGCUUGCAACCGCCCACCUGCUCGGCUUGCGGGAUCCGAUGAGAAGCGGGCGCAUUGCGGCUGACGCGUGGUCAUAGGCGGCAUAGAGGUUAGCUCUGUGACAAUGUGACUAGGCCGGAGCGAACGUCCUGUGUUUUCAGCGUUGGCGUCUCCGGCCUGCUCUGACGAGCGCUUGGACCGCAGCACUCGACUCCUGUUUACAGCCCCCGAGCCAGCGGUGGGAAAUUCCACGUUCCCGUGGCAGGACGAGGCGACCCACGCAAACCGAACCACCGCUAACUUCCCGCCACGGUGAUGCACGCUCGCUAUCAUGCGGUGGUCGAAGUGUUCCGAAGGGGCGCGCAAAAUCACGGUCGCCACGGACGCCACCGCACUACGUCAGCUGCCUGCCGAUGGGCGCGCGAACGACAACGCCAACGGCGCUGUCCCACGUCCGACCGCGGAGCCGAGUGCGGGUGCAAUUGAUGAAGGCGCCUCGUAGAGGCAACAAUUUGU